UUGUACUGCAUGAGCUGCUGGAUCAGGCCAAGGGCCCAUCUAGUUCCAGGAAGCUUCCCGCAGCAGAACGUCUCUCUUUUUCUCUGCAGCCUUCCCUAGCUAUAUGGGAUGACGCUUUCACCCAGCAGGGACACAAGGCCUCUUGUUAUUUGUCUUGCAACAGGUUAUUUGUCUUGCAAAGGGCUGCCAGCUUGGUGCGAAACAUGAUCUCCACAUGGGAAGAGCAAGGGGGCAAGGAAAGGAAACUCUGACGGCAGGAGCUCUGGCUUGGGGGGCCGAUCUGUCACCUGGCAGAGCCAAGAACAAAGGGAGAGACAAAAGAAUUUUCUCCUGCAGACUCACUGCAACCCGUGGAAAGAAGCUGAAAACAAAUUUGUUUCACAAGCAGGGAUAUUAAAAAAAAGAAGCUAGCUUAACAUCUGGAGAAAUAAGAGGGAUUAAUCUUAGUUCAAAAACUGCUGCAUUGAGGAUAAGUAGCCUUUCACUUAUAAUAAAAUAAGCUUGGAAGUGUGCAGAUGAUUUUAGAGCGAAGUCUCAGAAGCUGCCAACCAGCAGUUGCAGUUGACUUCAGGUCCUGCUUAGCUCUUUUGUCCCUUUCACUCGCUUAACAGGAUGGGAGCAACAGCCCACAUUCCAAGGAAGCCUUGCACAAGGUGCGAUCCUAAAGGGUUUGGGCAAGCAGGCCGGCCGGAGCAGACAUGGGGAAACAAAGGGAGAGGCGGACAGGGGCAGAAAGCAGGGACUUUCCUCUCUGGCUUGCCCCCUCAUGCCCCCCUCUGUAGGGGGCAUCUCACAUUACCAGAUCCCGCCAACCCCUCUGCAGAAAGGCUUUCCAUCCAAGGGUGACGGUGGUGGUAAAGUCUCCCUUUCUCUCGCUCUCCUUGCGGAGUUGGCCAAUGGCUGGCCACAGCUGCAGCCUGCGUGGGCUGAGCCUGUAACCGAUACCCCCCAAGACAUCUACCCUGGGCGACUGUCUCUAGAGCCAGAAGGCAGGCAGGGAGAGGGGAGCCCCGACGGCACACAGAAGGCAAGAGGGGAAAGCUGACAUGGCCAUCCCAGAGAGAAACUCUGAGGGCGGCAGACUUGCCUCCCGCUCGGCUUGCCCUCCCCAGCUUUAAUGGGACAUAUCUGGUUCCCUCUUCGAAAGAGGCAGGAUCACUUCCUGUUCCCUGCCACACAGAGCUUUGCAAAAGGACAGCAUUGUCCACCACAUGCGGGACUCCUUGUUGGAGGUGUAUUGGGUUUGUGGAGCCUGCUAAGCCGCGGAGCCCUCCCUUCUCCGCCAUGAAUUUUGGUUUCACCCAGGAGCAAGUGGCCUGCGUGUGCGAGGUCCUGCAGCAAGGGGGAAACAUCGAGCGCCUGGGGCGCUUCCUUUGGUCGCUGCCGGCCUGCGACCACCUGCACAAGAACGAGAGCGUCCUGAAGGCCAAAGCAGUGGUGGCCUUUCAUCGGGGAAACUUCCGGGAGCUCUAUAAGAUCCUGGAGAGCUACCAGUUCUCUCUGCACAACCACCCCAAGCUGCAGCAACUGUGGCUCAAGGCUCAUUACAUCGAGGCAGAGAAGCUGCGCGGGAGGCCGCUGGGAGCCGUGGGGAAGUACAGGGUGCGGCGCAAAUUCCCCCUGCCUCGGACCAUCUGGGACGGAGAGGAAACCAGUUAUUGUUUCAAGGAGAAAUCUCGGAGCGUGUUACGGGAAUGGUACAUCCACAACCCCUACCCAUCCCCUCGUGAGAAGAGGGAGCUGGCAGAAGCCACAGGGCUGACCACCACCCAGGUCAGCAACUGGUUCAAGAACCGGCGCCAGAGGGACCGUGCGGCUGAGACCAAGGAGAGGGAGAACAGCGACGGUGGUGCACUGAAGGAAGGAAGAGGCCUUCCACGAGAAAGACACCUACUCUCCAGCUCCGAUGACGAGAGCUCUCCCAUUGACAGCCCUGCAGCUCAUGCAUCCAGCCCCUCACUGCUCUACUCUGGUUUGCCACUUUCGGCUCCAGCGGGAAACUCCAUUCAUAACGUCCAGAGGGUAGAUUUUCUGCAGCACCAGCCGCUCCACAAUAGUCUCCUGGGGCCCCUCACUUCUACCCUUGUAGAUCUGGGCUCCUGAAACUGAACAGUGGAGCACCCACUUCAGCCCCAAUGGACUGUUCCUUUGUUCUCCUUCCAUACUUCUAAGCACUCUCCUGCCCAGCCAGCACAGGAACUCACAAAGCAUCUCCUCAUCUCCUCCUGACCUUUAGGGGGCAGUCAUAAGAGGAGGAGGAGGCCUAUGGGCACCUGCAAGGCCAUGCUAUUGCCCCCACAAUUCAAAAUUCAGAUUUUGACAAACAAACCACUCCAGAAUCCCAUCAGAUCUCCACUUUCUGCAUUGUUAAAAAAAAAAGCAGCAAAACUUUGUGUUGUUAUAGAAAAGAACAUAUUUCUGCUAAAAUCAGAAACCACUUCUGUGAGAAGGGGGGAUUUCAAGCAGAUGGGAUUUCUGCUCUCAACACAUUCCCUGAUCCCACACCCCCUGGAAAAACUCCCAAAUCUUGCUCCCCCCAUACACUAGUUGAUCAUGAGGGCCCAGCCUUCCUACCUUAUAAAAGAGCGGCAUGUAAUGCGCCUGAUGGCAAAGCAAGGGGAGCUCUGUCCCCAUGGGACCAAGCAAAGGUGAAGCAGUUAGCAAAGCAACAAAAUCGGUACGAAGCAGAGUACAAGUGCAUGCAGCAGCUUAAACUGGGAAGCGCAGGAGCAUCCAAUUAAGAAGGUUAAUUAGGGCUUUAGCCUAGACAGCUGAGCACAUGCAAACACUUACCCUCUGGAGACAGCAAGAGCAAUUAAAGCACCUUGCAGAGGUUCCAACAAGCUUAAUGACUUUGACAGAGGACUGUAAUGAAGCACUUGAUAAUUUUGUGGGCAUCCGUAUGGGAAAUAAUGGCCUACUGAGCCUACAUUAUACUUACAGCCAUUCUGGGAGAGGAAUGUUAAGAGACAGAAGCUCUUUUGUAAGAAGGUUCAGCAAGAAUCAAUCACUGGAGUUGGGAGACAAUUCUUGAAUGUGAUUCUUGGAGAGGGUGGGAUGGGAUCAAGGCCUGCUGUGGGUUGCUUGCUUCUGCUAGACCCUCUUUUUCUACCCCACUGAGCCAUGUUACUCUGUAUUGCCAAUUUUCUAAUAAAUUAAAAAUCGAAAA